GUACAUUCUAACUUUAAUCGUUUUUUCUGUGGAGCGCAGUUGGAGCAAGAAUGGAGACAGCGAGUGUCAGCGGUAGUCAAAUAUUAGGCAUGAGAUUGGAAAGAAGCGAUAAAACAGCCGCAACUAAAGAAGAUGGAGUUAUUGAGGUAACGGAGGACAGCAGUGUCCAGCUCAGGUUUUACGGGGUGCACCUUACCUCGGACACCUCGUCACAGAUCAGAUUCACGGAACAUGGGGACGACGAGGAAGAUAACACUAAUACAGACGAAUUGAAUAGGACUUGUGUCGAUUUUACCAAAGACAUCAGCGUCGGUCCCUAUAUGAAUGUCAGUAGUCGGGGUACAUCAGGGGUGAUCAGAGUAAACAUUAAGCCACUCCGCAAAAGCGAGCGGGAGAAAGUGUAUAGUUUGUGCGUCAGGCAGAGUCCGGAAGAAGAGAAGUGGUACCUGCUGGGAGAGAGCGAUGGAAAGUUAAGGGUGGUAGAGGAGAAAGCCUCUCUUUUGCCCCUAUGGCUUCAGAUUAUUUUGGUAUCCUGUCUCCUUGUGCUGUCCGGUAUGUUCAGUGGGCUCAAUCUGGGGCUAAUGGCACUAGACCCGAUGGAGCUUCGCAUAGUGCAAAGUUGUGGAACCGAUAAAGAAAAGAGGUAUGCCCGCAAAAUAGAACCGAUUCGACGGAAGGGAAAUUAUCUGCUUUGCUCGUUAUUACUUGGCAACGUUCUGGUCAACACAACUCUUACGAUCUUGCUGGACGAUUUGAUCGGUUCUGGUUUGGGCGCUGUGGUUGCCUCUACUGUCGGUAUAGUUAUCUUUGGUGAAAUCGUACCUCAAGCGCUCUGUUCUCGCCACGGCUUGGCAGUUGGCGCAAAUACGAUAAUUCUGACCAAAUUUUUCAUGCUUGUCACUUUGCCGUUAUCCUUUCCAGUUAGCAAGUUGCUUGACUGUGUACUUGGACAAGAAAUUGGCACCGUGUAUAACCGAGAGAAACUGGUGGAGAUGCUCAAGGUGACCGAGCCGUACAACGAUUUAGUGAAAGAGGAGCUCAAUAUGAUCCAGGGAGCGUUGGAACUCCGAACGAAGACCGUAGAGGAUAUCAUGACACCUCUGAGCAACUGUUUCAUGAUCCACGCUGACGCCGUGUUGGACUUCAACACCAUGUCAGAGAUUAUGGAGAGCGGCUACACGCGCAUACCAGUGUACGACGAGGAGCGGUCCAACAUAGUUGACAUUCUGUAUGUGAAGGAUUUAGCGUUUGUCGACCCGGACGAUUGCACUACGCUUAAGACCGUUACAAAGUUUUACAAUCACCCUGUCCACUUUGUCUUCCACGAUACCAAAUUGGAUGCCAUGCUGGAGGAAUUCAAGAAAGGUAAGUCACACCUGGCCAUCGUGCAGAAAGUGAAUAACGAGGGAGAGGGAGACCCAUUCUAUGAGGUGCUGGGACUGGUCACCCUGGAGGACGUUAUCGAAGAGAUCAUCAAGUCGGAGAUCCUUGACGAAUCGGAUCUUUACACUGAUAAUCGGAACAGGAAAAAGGUGGAUCCCAAUAAGAAUAAGAGGGAUUUCUCAGCCUUUAAACAUGAAAGAGAGUCAAAGGUCAAGGUUUCCCCCCAGCUGAUGUUGGCCGCGCACCGCUUCCUGGCGACAGAGGUGAGUCUCUUCAGCCCGCUGCAGAUCUCGGAGAAGGUCCUGCUGCGGAUCCUCAAGCACCCGGACGUCAUACAAGAGAUCAAGUUCAACGAGGCCGACAAACGUUCACUGCAGCACUGCCUGUACCAGCGCGGAAAACCCGUGGACUACUUCGUCCUCAUCCUGCAGGGUCGGGUGGAAGUGGAGGCGGGGAAUGAGAACAUGAAGUUUGAGACUGGUCCGUUCUCCUACUAUGGAGUCAUGGCUCUGACCACUCCGUGCUUAGGUGAGGUCACACAGUUUCGUUCUCCGUCUCACCUGAGCGGUCUGAACCGCUCUGCCUCUCUCAGCUGUACCGAGCGUGUCGACUCUCUGUCCGUCAGCGGCAGUAACACUCAGCUCAACAACUCUCCCUCUCCUCAGUACGUCCCCGACUUCAACGUGCGCGCCCUCAGCGACGUCCAGUUUGUCAAGGUGACACGCUCUCAAUACCAAAACGGUCUCCUGGCCUCAAAGUUGGACAGUACUCCACAGUCUCCAGAGAGCAGCCACGCCCGACUUGACCCUGGUGCUCUGCCUCCUCCCACACCCCCAAUUAGCACAGGCACAAGCUCCGCCCACACCACGGCCGCCACGGAAACCAGCCCGGACGAGACCACCUCGCUGCUCAACGACCAGAACUGCCUGUCGGGCUGCAGACCCAACCACGCCCAACCUUACUCCAGCCCCCAGACUCCGAAUCACCCGAACCGUGGUUCUGGUCCACAUGCGAACCCGCCGACUCAUAACCACCCUAACGCUAACUCUCAACCGCGCGGUCACCCAAAAACCAACAGCAGCAGCAGCCCUAACUCUCAACCGCAGGGUCACCAUAACCGCAGUCCCAGCUCCAACUCUAACCCACAACAACCUCAUAAUCAUUCCAACCCCAAACCUAACCCUAACCCUCAUCCCAGUCCUAAUACACACCAUCAGACCCACGGUCACACGGUCACUCUCACCCACACCCACACCCACGCGCACACAGAGAGCACCAUCUGACACCCGCUAUUCCAAAGAGGUUCAGUAAGAAGUUCCAGAAAAAGGACCAAACGCACACUUAACACACAGUCUAACAGGUCCACAAAGGUUCCUCUUCUACACACACACACGCUCGUACUGACAAACAUGCACACACACACUCAUACAAACACACACACACUCGCACAUGAAGGCACCCACCUGCAGACAGCAAUGCAGUAGGGCUUGUUGUUUGGGGGGGUGUUGAGCUUUCCUCAGACCUCACAGGCUGAGCUCACUGUCUGUCUUUAAAACCCCCGCGUGUGGAUUCGACCCCCAGAGCUUG